UCGCCUCUCGCUUGCCAUGAAGCGCCGAAACCAUGUCGGCUGAUGUCGUGCAGUCAAAUGGCAAUGCCGCGAACGGCGAAGGGCUUCCCCCUCUGGCUGCGCUUUUCUUGAUCAAGUUCGAUCUCAAGAUCGGAUAUACCGUUUCCUGGAAGAGGUCUCUCCCUGGUGUUGACCUCGAUGGCGCCGUCGAAUUCAAAUCUCUCCCAUCGGGCCUACACAGCGUCAAGGAGGAUCUUGUCUAUUUUAUUCAUGAACAAUACGUUGGAUUGAGCUCGUUCAUCAACGGUCCGGCUUCCGAAGAAGAGCGCAAUGCGCAUCUGGUCGCGGUGGGCAUCCUGGUGCCUCUAAGCCAGGGCAGGCUUGGUAGGAGUUGGUUGCACGCGCAAAACCUCAACGAGCUUGCCAGGCUUCUUGUAAACGACACCACCCAGACGGACAUUCUCGAGGAAUACUGGGCAUCGAACAAUGCCGCAAACAAGCAAGAGUCGCAAGAUGCUGAGUCUCUAGCGCCAUCUUCUUCCCGGUCCCCUCCCAAAGCGACGAGGAAGAGCUCGAGCUAUGGUAGAAGCCGCGGGCUUUCCAACGUUACAGCCUUCCACCCUAAACACGAAACCCUUGGCGCGGCUCAUCCUGCACUAUCUAUAAUGAAAUAUAUAGAUACUUUUGGCCCUCUAGUUUUCCCCCUGGUUCGCGCAGCGCUGCUAAGAAAGCGCAUUCUGUUUAUCACACCACCGCCGGUUCGGUUGGCUUGUGAAUUUGUGUAUGAUCUUUGUAUUCUUUCUACUAUUCCAUCCUCGGUUACGGAUGCUCUCCCUCCAGGCUCGGAGCCCUUGCAGCGGUUGCGGAGUCUCUUUGCCGUCGGCGUACACGACAUCCCUAGGCUAGAAGAGGAAGCCGUAAAGCAUGAUCGUGCAAGAGAUACCACCGACUAUUCCGACGAAGACGGUUGGUCGCCAGGUUGGGCAGCUUGCUCUACCGACGAGGUUCUGGCCAUGAAGACGAACCUCUAUGACAUCGUGGUCGAGCUCCCAGUGCAGGCUGAUUCGAGCUCACCUCAAGAGAAAUGCUGGCCGCGCAUCAAGGACUUCAGAGGCAAGGAGAUCAAGGCCACGCAGCGUGACCUUCGUCGCUUCCGUAUUCUUCAUCAUGAGUUGCGCAAGACUCAACGUAGCUCCGUUGACAUACAGCGAAACGAGGAUGAGGAUGAAUCUGAUGACGGUGAUCAAGCAGCCCUCUUGAACUCUCCAGCUCAAUCAAACAACACAGCUGGAGAGGAGGAAAUCUACGCUGACAGUAUCGUCGAGCCGUACACCUGGUCGGAACUGGCCUAUGCCGGCUUCAUGUGGUGGGCAUCCGCCGGCGAGCAAGACACCAGCCAGUCCGAAGAGGGUGACCGCGACCGUGCACUCUUGGGAGACCUGUCCGACUUUGUGGCCAUGAGCCCCGGAAUUCGUCAGAACUCCUUUGAUGCCGAUACCAUGGCGCAAAGCUGGUAUAACACGACAGGCUCAAGCGCACCGCAUACGGCCAUUAUCGCAUACUUCCACCGGCUGACGGGGGAGGUGUUCCAUGCGCUAGCGGACAUAGUGGAUGCGGCGGAUGACGAGGAAGACGACAUGGACGAUGAGCGGGAAAAGAGGAAAGUGGAGGUGCACGGUGAGGAUGUGAGGAGGAUGGGAUUGGAUGGCUGGAGCGAGGUGGACAAGGCAUUUGUGAAGGAGGUGCUUAAGAUGUACUUUGGGCGGCGCGCGGAAGUGCAUGGUGCAAGUGUCGAGUGUUGUGGGAUCAAAAUUUGCUGAUUGCCACGUAUUGCCUGGAGCAAUUAUAUGUAUUUGAAAUCACUACGUUCUCACACCAAGGAUUUCUAUCCGCAGCACAGCUGCGCCUGGGCGGC